GGUAGAGCAAUAACUGAAACUCUUAAACAUUGCUUAUUACGCGGGUCGGACAAAAACUGCAAAUGUCGGCGGUUGCAGGAUUCUACAGGCGCUCUCUUCCUUCUCCUCCCGCUCUUGAUUUCUCUUCUCCUCCAGGCAAGAAACUAUUCGAGGAGGCCCUUCACAAUGGAAAUAUGGAAGGAUUUUUCAAUUUGAUCUCUCAUUUUCAGACACAAUCGGAGCCUGCUUAUUGUGGCUUAGCGUCGCUUGCAAUGGUCUUGAAUGCGCUAGCUAUUGAUCCUAGACAAUGGAAAGCGCCUUGGAGGUGGUUUGACGAAACGAUGUUGGAUUGCUGCGAGCCACUGGACAAGGCUAAGGCUAAGGGGAUAUCAUUUGGGAAAGUUGUAUGCUUGGGACAUUGUGCCGGUGCUAAGAUGGUGUCUUUUCGCACAAGUCAGAGCUCUAUUGAUGAAUUCCGGAAGAAUGUAAUGGCAUGCUCUAGAUCAAACGAUUGUCACAUUAUUGCAUCAUAUACUAGAAGAGCUUUUAAACAGACUGGAACAGGUCAUUUUUCACCCAUUGGUGGAUAUCAUGCUGAAAUGGAUAUGGUACUCAUUCUAGAUGUUGCAAGGUUUAAAUAUCCUCCGCAUUGGGUUCCGCUCUCACUUCUUUGGGAAGCCAUGGAUUCCACUGAUGAAGCGACUGAACAGAAGAGAGGGUUCAUGCUUGUGUCACGACACCAGAGAGAACCAGCUUUGCUCCAUACCCUGGUACAACCCGUAGCAGAUACUUGUUUAAAAUGUUUAGGCCUGUCCUAGAAUCAAUUUGUUUUAGACAAGGAAAGGCACAGGGAGAAAAACCAACUACAUUUAUAAAGCCAUUUAAUGAAAUAUGUUUGGCAUUUACCCUUGCUAA